UUUGUUGUAUUAAAACAUAACCUCAAAAUCGAACUUGUGUUUUGCAAAGCAGCGAAGUCAACCCGCAAAAACACUACUUUGUGUUAAUUUGUUUACAAUAUUAUUAGGCCAAUUAUGUAUUAAUAAUUAUGAUUACCUUCCUCUUUCGCACCAUUAUUUAGCUUAAUUUAUCACAUUUGAAUGCCAGUUCUUUACUAGAAUGUUGCAACAAGAUUAUUGUUCUGGCGAUGAUGAUAUAUUACCAUUAAAAUCUACCAUCAAGAGAAAUAUGGACACAAAUGACUAUGAGACGUCUUGUCAAAUAAGCGUGGAUAAUUCGCAGAAGAUCUUAGGCACAUUGAAAAAUUUGUAUGAGGAACGUCAAAUGUGUGAUGUAGUAAUAACUGUUGGACAAAAGGAGUAUACGGCACAUCGUUUAAUACUUUGUGCCUCUAGCGAUGUGUUUCAGGCUAUGUUAAUGAAACCCGAGUGGAGUGAGUGGCAUGAAAGCAAAAUUGCACUCCAAGAACUACCCCAAUGUGAAGCCGUGUUUCAUUUAUUUUUAGAAUACUUUUAUACUGGCAAAAUAGUUAUUACGCACACAAAUGUGAUGCCAAUAUUAGCUUUAGCCGACAAAUACAUGGUUAAGAGCUUAACACAAGUGUGUAUAAAGUAUAUGUCCAAACACAUCGCGCAUGCUGCUUCACACAAUCAACUGUUCUCUUGGUUGCAAUAUACAACUACUUGUGGAUACGAUAAUGUUGCAAAUUUAUGUCAGAAUUACAUAAAAUGGAACUUCGAAUCUGUCGCCAACACUCCAGACUUUAGCAACUUUGAAACCGAUUUAUUAUGUGAUUUACUUAAGCAAAGUGAUAUCGUUGUUUAUAAUGAAAUGGUUCUAUACAAUUGCGUUGUAAGGUGGUUAGAUUUACAAGAAAUUCGUUACAAUCAAAUGAAACUGUCCGAUACGGAAAUGCAGGAACUGAUGGUUAAUAUUGUGCAAUGUGUUAUGAAGUGUAUCCGAUUUCCGAUGAUGUCGCCACGGGAGUUAGCCGAUUUAUUAUUAUCUCCAUUAAUGAAACGUUAUAGUCAAAGCAUGCUGGAAUAUAUGGCAGUAGGAAUGUUGUUUCAAAAGGGAAGGAGCGACGAAAUCGAUAAUUUUUGCUCGACAGAUAAAGGUAGAAUAUUAUGUACACCUCGGUUGUACACUUGUGAUACGUUUAAUACAACCUUACUUAUUGAAAAUGUGCCAAGCAUACCUAGUUAUAACGUCACAACAUUAGUAUUCUCAACUCGAAUGUCGGCUGCAGAGUAUGAAGCGGAUAAAAUUAGUGAGUGGGUUGUCGACUUGUAUCCCAAAGGAGUUUGUUUUAAAAAAUGUUACUUAAUUGUUUGGCAAGGUACAUUAGAAGUACCAGAACGAGUGAAAAGCACUAUCCGUUUAAGUCUAACUUGUAGAGAAUUUAAAGAAGAUAUGAAAUGCAAUGUUGGUGUGUUAUUGUAUGGAACGCAGGGAGGAAUUGAACAUAUAAUGCAAGUCAAACAAAGGGUACAUCAUUUUAAUUCUCAAUACCCGGUGCUGGUGAUUGACAAUUUAAUUCCAUUUGAAGAACUAAACCCACCUGCAGGCGAAGUAUUUUCAAGAUCGUUGGAAUCGGAUCCAAAACCCAAAAGCAUGUUCCUAACUGGAUGUCGUAGAGAUCAACUAAAAAUUAAUAUAAUUAUAACUCCAGUGUUCUCAAACUAAUAAAUAUUUUGUAUAAUAAAGAAGUUUUUAUCAUGUGUA